AAGGCCGUUAUGGACUAUAAAAUAAGGAUAUAAGCAUUGCAAUGUCGGUACCAAAUAGCAAAAACAGCAACUACCAUUUGAUGCUUAAGGAGUUAACAACACUCGCUGUCACCAAACAAGGAAUUUAGCAACUUUACAAAAUGUCGGACAGAGGAAACUACGGAUUCUCGAAUAUACCAAUGGCCAGCAUCAGUUACGGUCCCCAAAUCGCCAUUGUCGGGGCUGGCCCUCGAGGCACGAGCGUCCUGGAGCGAAUUAGCGCUUCUGCCAUGCAAUUCAUCAACCACGACUCAUGGCUCACCAUCCAUAUCAUCGACCAGUAUCCACCAGGGGCUGGCAAAGUGUGGCGCACCGAUCAAUCUGCACUUUUGAUGAUGAAUACGCCGGCUUCUCAAAAUACUCUCUUCACCGACGAUUCUGUCAAGUGUAACGGUCCGAUCGUUAAGGGCCUAAGUUUGUAUGAUUGGCUUAAGCGCAACGAUCAUAUUAUCGGCCCAAAUGGUUACCCGACACGGGUUCAAUGCGGCACCUACCUCAGAUGGGUGUACGACCAUGUUGUUGAAACGCUUCCGAAAAAUGUAAGGGUCAAGUUCUACCCCGCCCAGGCGCAGGAACUCCUCGAAGGUAGCAUAGAAGGCCUUUAUAAACUCCGCCUGUCUACUGGUGAAAUUGACAAUCUCUCCGCUGUUAUUCUCGCACAGGGCCAUGUUGAGAAAGAUCUCGUCGAUGACAAAGAAGACGUAGGGGAAGUGAAGAAGCAAUCGCGCUACGCAGAGGAACAUAAACUGAUAUACGUCCCUCCUUGCAAUGCGGCCAAUUCCGACCUUUCGAAUAUAAAGGAAACAGACUCUGUUCUGAUGGUCGGCUUGGGACUUGGCUUUAUCGACUAUUUGGCCCUUUUGACCGAGGGACGAGGCGGAGAGUUCGUGGAAGAGAACUGCAAACUGGUAUACAAGUGCUCGGAGAAAGAGCCUAAAGCUAUAUACUGCUUCUCAAGGCGUGGAGUACCAUACCACGCUCGCGCUCCUAACCAGAGGACAGCUGAACAACAACAUAAGCCUCUCUUUAUUACCCAGGAACGUAUCAAGCAGUUCCGUGAAAACGCCAAGAAUGAAGCAUCAUCCUUCGAGCCGGUUCUUUGGCCCCUGAUCGUCAAAGAAGUCGAAUUCGUCUACUACCGACAGCUUCUGCGGCUCCGUGAUGAACCUACCGAAACUAUCAAGAAGUUUGAAAACGAUUUCGUUACAGGCUCAGACAAACUGAGACGUGAGUUGAUUAAAAGUUUGAAUCUCGAGGCCUGGGACUGGAAUCUUGUGAAGCACCCUGAAAAGACGUUUAACCGUGAACUUACAUUCCAGUCUAAUAUGAUACGCUACCUUGAAGAAGACGUCAGGCAAGCCCAGCUUGGUGACGUUUACGGACCCCAUGCGGCGGCUAGAAGUGUUUUGCGUCACAUCCGCAAUGAUCUGCGACACAUCAUUGAUCACCGAGGCGUCAGGGACAACGAUAAAAAGGACCUAAGCCGGCGCUUCGCAUCAUUAGACCUGUUUUUAGCCACUGGCCCCCCACUGAUACGUAUCCAGCAGUUGGUUGCGCUGAUGGAUGCCAAUAUCGUUAAAAUCCUCCCAAAGUCAACAAAAAUUUCAGAAGACGAAAAUAAGUGGAAGGUGGAAUCUAUUUACCCGGAAACUUCAGCGACGGAAGAUCAGCAACCGAAAUUGGUGGACGUGCUCAUUGAGGCGCGUGUGCAGAAGCCAAGCCUAGAAAACACAUCCGACACACUUCUCCGAAAUAUGUUCAUGUCGGGUAAGUGCCAAUCACAUAUAAACAAUGGAAUUAACACAGGCGGGCUGGAUAUAAAUGAGAAAAAUCAAGUUAUCACAAAAAGUCAAGCAUCUGCGGAGGAUAACCAAGCGCCUGUGGAUAACAGCCGAACGCCUGGGGAUGACAGCCAAGCGCCUGCGGAGGACAAAGUGGAUGACAGGUUAUUUGCUCUGGGUAUUCCUACAGAGGGGGUUGUCUGGAUGGCAACAUACUUACCAGUACCCAAUUCAAACUCAGCAGCACUAUUGAAAGCAGAUACUGUAGCACGUGGAGCUUUAAGACGAGCACAAAAGGAUUUGAUAGAUGGAAAAGUGGAUAGAGCUGUCCAACAGCAAAACCAAGCAGCCAACUUACCCAAUGGACAACAGUAACAAGUCGGAAUCACCUGAUCGAGUAAUCACGCGAUGGACCAUACGGGACCAAAUGGUCCUAACACAAGAUAGAUGGAAGGAUUGCCUUACAGUAGAGCUUUGUGGUCAAAAUAUAUUCUUUAGUUUUAUAUACUAUUAGCUAUACUACAAUACGAUAUUGUUAUUGUUAUUUAGCAAUCAAGUCCCUACUUGACUUUCAGUAGAAAUUACCACGUGCACGGCCUUUCUAUCAGCCCUUGAGUUACUUC